AUGGCAGGCUUCGUCACAGCGUUUAUGAACCCCCUCAACUACGUGGGUGGAGUCAGCUUCAGCCCAGAAACGGACAUCCCAGAUCUCUCAGGGAAGGUCAUUUUAGUGACGGGCGGAAACGCGGGCCUAGGAAAAGAAACAAUUCUCCAGCUGAUCAAGCACAACCCGAAGAAAAUUUUCCUCGGAGCGCGUUCUGAGUCAAAAGCGCAGAAUGCUAUCAAAUAUCUGAAAUCCUCCGUCACAAAUGAUGUCGAACUCAGCUGGCUUCCUUUGGACCUGAUGUCAGGCAGAUCGAUCAAGAAUGCCGCAGCGAAGUUCAACGCCGAGUCUUCGCGACUCGAUAUCCUAGUUCUUAAUGCCGGCGUCAUGGCUCUGCCCCCCGGGGAGACAGAAAUGGGCCAUGAAAUUCAAUUUGGAACGAACCAUACCGGGCAUUUCCAUCUUACGAAGUUGCUUUUGCCGACUCUGCUUAAGACAGCCGAGGAAGCAGACUCGGAUGUCCGCGUUGUUUCGCUCUCCUCUAUUGGUCAUAACCUUGCGCCUUCGUUCGAGACGAUUUUGGAUCAGGAGAAGCUUAAGAAGGUUAAUACCAAUGCGCGGUAUGGAGCGUCCAAGGCGGCGAAUAUUCUUUUCGCUGCUGAGUUGGGUCGUCGAUACCCGUCGAUUACUUCUGUUUCUGUUCAUCCGGGUAUUAUCGUGACUGAUUUGUACAACUCGAUUAAUGAGAGCUCGCCUUAUGCGGCGAUAGGUACGAAGACUCUUGGGUUCUUUGGUUCGUCUGUUCCUCAGGGUGCUUGUAAUCAGUUGUGGGCUGCUGCUGGGGCGAAGAAGGCCGAUCUGUCGAAUGGUGGAUACUAUGUUCCUGUUGGAAAUUUAAAAUGUCAUAAUAAAUAUGUGGCUAAUGAGGAUAUGGGGAAGCGUUUGUGGGAGUGGACAGAGGCUGAGCUUGUGAAGGCUGGUCUGUGA